UCGGGAUUUAUAAUUUAGCCUUUGAUGAAACUAAUAAAAACAAAAUGGCAGCGCCCUGUGAAGCAAAAACUAGUUUUCAAAGACGUGGAAAAUCUAAGAAUUUUUCCGCGCGAGGAACCAGGCCAUCCCUCCAUAAUGGACAACUGCUUAUUUCUACGGGUGUUCCAUCGCUAGAUCACUUAUUAGGUGGAGGCUUAGUGGUUGGAUCAGUACUUCUAAUAGAGGAGGAUACAUUUGGAAGCUAUGCUAAUUUGCUGCUUCGCUACUUUCUUGCUGAAGGGGUAAUGUGUGGACAUGGAUUAAUGGUGGCAAGUGCAGAAGAGCAGCCAAAACAUUUGCUAAAGGCAUUGCCUCAUCCUGUAGAUGAUGACAAAGAGACUACUCAAAGAAUGGAUGAAGAGAAGAUGAAAAUAGCAUGGAGAUAUCAACACCUCCCACAACAUCAGUUAUCAGAAACAGGUCAGCAGUUUGGUCACAGCUAUGAUCUCAAUCGUUUAAUGGGUGAAUCAAGACUGACCACUGUCAAAACAAAUUGCUUCUAUCUUCCAUCUGAAAAGAUUUCUCAUCAUGAUAACAGUAUUAAUCCAGCCUAUCAGAGAUUAUUCAGUAAAGUUGAGAGUGAGAUUACUGAAGGUGGAUACAGCCUUACCGCAGAUGCUGCUAAAUCACAGGGUGUGACGAAUCGCAACAUUCUUAGACUAGGUAUCCACUCAUUAGCUUCGCCCCUGUGGGAAGUCAACUCAAUUCAGCAAUCUACUGUAUCCUUGUGUAGGUUUCUCCAUGCGCUCCGAGGGAUAUUAAGAGUUUCAUUAGCUGUAUGUGUACUCACUAUACCUACACACUUAUAUCAGGAUGAAAGUAAAGUUAGAAGAAUAGAGAGACUCUGUGAUACUGUUAUCAGACUUGAAUCAUUUGCAGGGUCUGAUAAAGAGACUAAUCCAGUUUACAAAGAAUACCAUGGUUUAUUUCAUAUUCGUAGACUUCCAAGACUCAAUUCACUAACCAGUUAUCUUCCUGAUUCUCUGGAUCUGGCAUUCAAGCUACGUAGGAAGAAACUUACUAUCGAGAAGCUUCAUCUUCCCCCAGACCUCUCAGAGACUGUAAGUCGAUCCCAAGAAGAUCCUGCUAAGAAAGCCGCUAGGAAUGCCUCAGCUUCAGCAUUCAGCUGUUCAUCAUCACUAACAGAGAGGAAACUUGACUUCUGAGACUUUGGAGACAGAAAUCAAGAUAUUGUUUAUAAUAGCUGCUUGGAAUGCCUGGGCUUUGGUAGUCAUCUGUGCGUUAUCACUUUUGAUGUGAAAACUAGACUUCUGAAAUUCAAAGAUCUGUCAGAGCGUGUGAUGCCCUUUCAAGAAUUCAAGAUCCUGUUGAUAAAAACUGCAAUGAACUGUAGUGUUCGCAGUGCAUGAUGGUGCACUGCGGAGCAAAAUUUUUUAAAACUUCGUUGACAUUGCAGUUUUCAAAAUCUCUUUCAAGAAAAACUGUGUAUCAUUACUUGUGGAGCAGAAACUUGACAAGACUUUUUGAGAAAAAAGGACAUUUAAGAAAUAUUUACGAGACUCCCAAGAGAUCUUGACUGUCAACUUUGUGAUCACAUUGAAAAUUUGCAUGCAGGUUGUCUGGGACAUACUCUUCAAAAAUUAUAUAAUAAUUCAUGUCAUGCAAAGUGCUAGUAAGUGAUUAUGCUAAUUUAUGUUUAAUCAGUAUGCAAAAUCAUACUUUUUCCCAUACCUCCCUAAAUAAAGCUCCAAAUGUUUUAAUUUUUGGU